CAGACAAUAUUUGGUGCGUUACUUUGUUUCAAAACUACAUGAAAAACUUCAUCAAACCCUUUGUAAACCUUCAAGAUUCCUGUUGAGGUAGAUAAUGCGCUAAAAUCACUUGCCGCGGAAAUGGAGAGAAGCUAAAUAUUUAUAAAAUGACUCGAAAUUUGAGGCGAUAACAGCGAAAAUCCUGAUAUGUAUUUGUAAAUAAUAAAUCAAUUUCAAUACUACAAUUACAAUUUAUAUCGUUCGGCGGAUCAUAUAUUAUAAAUCAAAGUUCGAUUAUUGCUCCUAUGCAAUAGACAGAUAUGGCUUCAUUUCCUGUCUAUCUUAAUGUCUAUGAUAUGCAUUGGACGAAUGACUAUACAUCAAAACUGGGUGUUGGAGUCUACCAUUCAGCAGUUGAAGUACAUGGUAGAGAAUUUGCAUUCAUUGGUCAUGAGUUGACCUCCUCCGGACUGGUUGAACUUGAGCCAAAAGGUUGCUCGUUUAUGGGUGAAUCUUUUAAAUUUAGGGAGUCUAUAUAUCUAGGAAAAACAGACUUAACAGAUGAAGAUAUUACCACAAUAAUUCAAGAUUUAGGAGUACAUUUUACAGGAUUAUCUUAUCACUUAGUUACAAGGAAUUGCAAUCAUUUUUCAUCAGAGUUUUCACAGUUACUAUGUGGCAAAGAUAUCCCAGCCUGGAUAAACAGAAUAGCAAAUGUUGGUUCUAAACUUCCCUGGUUGUAUAAUUGUCUUCCUAAAGAUUGGUUGACUCCUGAACCAGAGGAACAAGAUAAUAUGAACUCGUAUAUGUUUAAUCCUGACCAACGUCGUAAUAAUAUCAACUAAUUUCAGUCAAAAUGGUGAUUUAUUGUGUGUUAGUGUGGGUCAAACAGUGGUACAAUGCAGAAUUGAUAACUCAUAAUUAACCUUAGUUU